GUUGGACAGCACCGCUCUAGCACUGUGCGCAGGGGGUGCUCCAGUGCUGCUCCAGCCGCUAGCCGCUGCCUUGGGGCAUCUUGGGGCGUCUUGGAGCGUGCUGGGGCGUGGAUGUGGGGCGAUGGAUCUUUCUGCUCGACAGGGAUCACCGCGCCUCGCACAGGGGUCGUCGCUAUCGAUAACGAAAAGUCUGGGAAUUUUCAACUUCGCUCGUCCUCAACCCGCUAUCUCAAGCAUGUCGCAUCACCAGUUCUCAACGACAUUCCUCAUUUGAAGUUGAAUUUCCCACCAAUAGCUGGGGGCCGAUUUUGCGGCUUUGCCUCGUUGUUAGAGAGGUCCUCUCGGACGGGUUGCUCACAACCAGGCGGCAUAUUUCCUCCUUUCGCCAUUUGGUGACCUGCCAGUUCUCAUCAUGGGUUUCCAAAAGAAAACCGGCAAAGGCCGUCUUGACAAGUACUAUCGCCUCGCUAAGGAGAAGGGAUAUAGAGCCAGAGCUGCUUUCAAGUUGCUCCAGCUUAACAAAAAGUACGACUUCCUGGGUUCCAGUAGGGUCGUAAUCGAUCUCUGCGCUGCUCCUGGGUCAUGGCUACAAGUGGCCGCGGAGGCAAUGCCAAAAGGGAGUUUGAUUGUUGGUGUAGAUUUAUCGCCAAUAAAACCGAUUCCGGGUGUUAUUAGCUUCCAAAGUGAUAUCACGACUGACAAAUGCCGUGCUGAACUUCGGAGACAUUUGAAGACGUGGAAAGCAGAUACGGUUUUGCAUGAUGGUGCGCCUAAUGUUGGAACGGCCUGGAUCCAGGAUUCCUUUAAUCAAGCAGAGCUCACCCUGCAAUCCUUGAAAUUGGCUUGUGAAUUCCUUGUCGAGGGUGGCACCUUUUGCACCAAGGUAUUUCGCUCAGCUCAGUUUAACCAGCUCACCUGGAUUUUCAAUCAACUUUUCGAUCGAGUCGACACGACAAAGCCUCCCUCUUCCCGAAACGUUAGUGCAGAAAUUUUCUGCGUAUGCAGAGGCUUCAAGGCACCUAAACAUUUGGACCCUAGGUUCUUGGAUCCUAAAACGGCUUUUGCCGAUCUGAAUGACACCGCGAACACAGAUGAGGCAAAGGUCUACAAACCCGAGCUCAAAAAACGCAAGCGAGGUGGUUAUGAGGAGGGCGACUAUGCCUCUGGUACUCUGUAUCGGGAGGUUUUGGCGUCCGAAUUCGUGGAAACCACAGACCCUAUUUCAAUUUUAGCGAAUACCAACCGUCUCAUACUGGAAACCCUCGAGCCUACACUCUCGCUAGCCGCCCUUCAAAAAAUGCCUGCAACUACAACAGAGAUUAGACAGUAUUGCUCGGACCUGAAAGUGCUAGGAAGAUCUGAAUUCAAGAAGCUUCUGAAAUGGAGACUAGUAGCACGCGAGGCAUUUGGGCUUCCCACUAAAAAACAAUCGCAACCCACCCCUUCACAAGGAGAAGGAGAAGAAGAAGCAGACGUACAGCCUAUGGAUGAGGAAUUAAAGCUGCAGGAAGAUUUGCAGGCUCUGAAAGACAAAGAUGUCGCUAGGAGAAAGCGGGAGAAACGAAAGCAAAACGAAAAGAAAACGAAAGAUAUUCAAAGGGUUCAAAUGAACAUGAUGGCACCCAUGGAUAUCGGUAUAGAAAGUGCCACUGUGCAACCAGAUAUGUUCCAGCUCAAAGCUCUCGAGAAACAAAAGGUCGUUGGCCAAAUUGCCAAAGGUCGUAUGGCGAUCUUGACUGAACGGCCGAAGAAAGAUCAAGACAGCGGAAUCGGAUCUUCUGGAGACACGGAUGACGAAUCUGAUGAUCUGAACGAUCGCCUAGAAAGAGAACUAGAUCAGCAUUGGGACGCAUACCAGGAGAGGAGACGAAACUAUGAAGCCAGGAUAAAACGUCGAAAGCAGGAGGAAGAUGGAGAGUGGGAAGGUGUAUCGGCUGAUGAACAGGAGUCCAGCGACGACGACAUGGUUGAAGAAAGCGAUGGCUCUGAUGAUGACGAGGAUGAUGAAGCUCCCCAGCGAUUACUCACAGAUCUUGAUGGUGUGUCAAAGGAUGCAGGCCUCUCAAAACGAGCUACCAAAUUUUUCGAUCAGGAUAUCUUCAAGGACAUCCCAGGUCUGGAGCAAUCUGACACCGAGUCCCUGGCAGAAGAAGAUAUGGAAGAUGCACUAGUAGCGAGCAAAACCGAGGUCAAACCUGUAGUAUCCGAAAAGCCAUCUACGAAAGCUUCGAAACACAAAGUAAAAGAACAGAUUUCUCCUACCAUUGACGAGGAAGAAGACGAAGAUCAAGAGGAUGAUGACUGGGAAAAGAAUGACCAACGUCGCCCAGAUGGUAAGCCCAGUAUCGACAUUGUUACCGCAGAAGCAAUGGAGCUUGCCCGCCAGCUGGCGAGUGGGCAGAAAACCAAGCAGGACUUAAUCGAUGAGAACUUUGAUAAGUAUGCAUUCCGAGACCGCGAUGGACUUCCAGAUUGGUUUUUGGAGGACGAGGCUAGGAACGAGAAGAAACAAAAGCCCAUCACAAAGGAGGCGGCACAGGCAAUCAAGGAAAAGAUGAGAGCCUUGAACGCUAGACCUAUCAAGAAAGUGCGGGAAGCGCAAGCAAGAAAGAAGUUCAAGACCGCUCAAAGGCUCGAAAAGUUGAAGAAGAAGUCAGAUCUUUUGGCCAAUGAGGAGGGCAUGACAGAGAAGGAGAAGGCCGAGAGCAUAGCGAAAUUGCUCGGCAAAGCUAAGAAGAAGGCUCCUAAGCGGUCGGUGAAGGUAGUAGUCGCUAGGGGUGCCAAUCGUGGUAUUCAAGGUCGACCCAAGGGCGUGAAAGGACGAUAUAAGAUUGUAGAUGCUCGAAUGAAAAAGGAAAUGAGAGCGCUGAAGAGGAUAUCGAAGCGGAAGUAGAGGUAAAUCUAUGGGCCAUUUGGUUCUUAGAAGACGCCCCACAAAAUAAUACAGUAUAAAAAUGAGAUUUUGCAAAGAUUACCAUGACUUUUGAUGACAUCCUAAUCACAAACGUAG